AUGAACUUACUCCAGUUGUCGGAGGUCACCAUACCACGGUGGCUUGGGCUGCUCAGGGGCUCCGUCGUGGAAGUCCAUGGAUUCUCCGACGCAUCUCAAGUGGCGAUGGCAGCCGUCGUUUACCUCAAGGUUCCUCAUCAACCUGGAGGGGGUAUCACGCUUGUCUGCUACACAACUAAGGUAGCUCGACUCAAACGGCUGACCGUCCCACGGUUGGAACCCACGGCAGCUCUGCUCCUUGCGAAACUCAUCAGGUACGUGCAGGAUCAGCUCAACCUCAGGACUGCUCCCACCUACCUCUCGACGGAUUCUUCGGUAACGCUCACCUGGAUCAGCUCCCACUCAUCACGGUGGAAGGAAUUUGUGAGGAAUCGUGUCGGCCCCAUCCAAGGGCUAACUCAGCCGGCCCAUUGGAGGCUGGUGCCUGGCAAGGAGAAUCGUGCGGACUGCGCCUCUCGAGAUCUCUCAGCGCAGCAGUUGACAGCGCACAAUCUGUGGUGGACAGGGCUGCAGAAGGACCUCAACGUGCACCUCGAAGAGAAGCCAGGACUGCUCUACUACGGCGCCGCUCAGGAACUCGCUCUUUGGGAUCUCAUCGGCAGAUUCUCAUCAUUCAAUCGUCUGCUCCGGAUCACCGCUAUCUGCCGGAGGUUUAUCGCUUGGCUUAGGAGGAUGCGGGUUCUGCGUGUGGGUGGGCGGCUCAAGUUCGCGCAGCUCGACCCAGAGAGCAGGAACCAGGCAAUCAUCCCGAAUGAAUCUCAAGUGGCCCACUUACUCAUCGACCAAGCUCAUCUAUGGACACUUCACAGCGGGAUACAGCUCACUCUCCGUCAGCUCAGGAGUAGCUGCCGGAUUCUCGGAGGUCGAGCUCCAGUACGCUCCUUCAUCCUCAAGUGCGUGAGGUGUGCUCGACAACGUGGGAUAUGCGCUCAACAGCUCAUAGGCCAGUUGCCACCAGCCAGACUCGCCCCUGCUCGCGCCUUCUUUGACACGGGGGUGGAUUACGCCGGCCCCGUCGCUCUUCGGUCAUGGAAGGGGCGGGGUUACAAGUCCUACAAAGGCUGGCUGGCUAUCUUCGUCUGUAUGACCACCUCGGCGGUGCAUCUCGAGGUCACCGCUCACUCCUUGUUCAGCGACUGCGGUACCACCUUCAUCGGCGCUGACAAGGAACUCAGGACCCUUUUCUCAGCAGGAUCAUUCCAGCCUCGGCAGCUCGUUCAGCUCCUCAUCAACGAUGGGCCCCACCGGUCUCUCAACCCUCCAGGUGCGCCGCACUUCGGAGGCAAAUGGGAGGCGGCCAUAAAGUCGGUGAAGUUUCAUCUCACUCGGACUUUCGGCGAGGAUCUGCUCACCUUCAAGCAGCUCACCACUUUACUCGCCCAAGUUAAGGCAGUUCUCAACUCACGGCCACUGGAACCGCUCACGGACGAUUUUGACGACUACUCAGCCUUGACCCCCGGACACUUCCUCAUCGGUCAGGAUUCCACGACUCUUCCAGAACCAUCACUGGAGAAUCUUAACCGUCUUCAGGCUAUCUCUAAGGGGCACCAUCCGACACGCCAUCAACGUCGGCUCCUUGGUCUUGCUCGCGGACGAGAGGUUCCCUCCAUCAAAGUGGCCUCUCGCCCGAAUGACCGCUCUACACCAUGGCAAAGAUGGGCUUACGCGAGUAGUCACGCUCCGGACCGCUCAGGCGACGUUAACGCGCCGCAUCGCGAAGCUCGUACGCUUGCCAGUGCCAACAUCGGAGACCUAGGACCAUGUCAGCUCUCCGGCUCGUCAUCUCGUCGGCUCUUUACCUGGACUUCGUCAACCCUGAUGGAUUUACGACCCGGAUUGACCGGCGAAGUAUACUGUGGAGAUAGAGGCAACCGGACCGGACGGGAUUUAAGACCCCCAACGUCUUGGAUGUUUCCAGGCUUGGUCAGCAAAUCAAAGAUCGGCUCUUCGGACCGCUACAGGCUCAUCAAGUUUCUCGACAGCAACUCCUGA